CGUGUCUCCCUCCCCCCCGGCCUCUGCAGCACUCUCGAGUGGACCCUGAGGAGCUGUUCACUAAGCUUGACCGCAUUGGCAAGGGCUCGUUUGGGGAGGUGUACAAGGGCAUCGACAACCACACCAAAGAGGUGGUGGCCAUCAAGAUCAUUGAUCUGGAAGAGGCUGAGGAUGAGAUCGAGGACAUCCAGCAGGAGAUCACCGUGCUCAGCCAGUGUGACAGCCCCUACAUCACCCGCUAUUUUGGCUCCUACCUGAAGAGCACCAAGCUGUGGAUUAUCAUGGAGUACCUGGGUGGUGGCUCUGCAUUGGACCUGUUGAAACCAGGCCCCCUGGAGGAGACCUACAUCGCCACCAUCCUGCGGGAGAUCCUGAAGGGCCUGGACUACCUGCACUCAGAGCGCAAGAUCCACCGUGACAUCAAAGCUGCCAAUGUGCUGCUCUCAGAGCAGGGAGAUGUGAAGCUGGCCGACUUUGGGGUGGCAGGUCAGCUCACCGACACGCAGAUCAAGAGGAACACGUUUGUGGGCACCCCCUUUUGGAUGGCACCAGAGGUCAUCAAGCAGUCAGCCUAUGACUUCAAGGCUGACAUCUGGUCUCUGGGUAUCACGGCCAUCGAACUGGCCAAGGGGGAGCCGCCGAACUCUGACCUGCACCCCAUGCGUGUCCUGUUCCUGAUCCCCAAGAACAGCCCACCCACACUGGAGGGCCACCACAGCAGGCCCUUCAAGGAGUUUGUGGAGGCAUGCCUCAACAAGGAUCCCCGAUUUCGGCCCACAGCCAAGGAGCUCCUGAAGCACAAGUUCAUCACGCGCUACACCAAGAAGACCUCCUUCCUUACAGAGCUCAUUGACCGCUACAAGCGCUGGAAGUCGGAGGGGCACGGUGAAGAGUCUAGCUCCGAGGACUCAGACAUAGAUGGCGAGGCCGAGGAAGGGGAACAGGGCCCCAUUUGGACAUUCCCGCCAACUAUCCGGCCGAGCCCACACAACAAGCUACACAAGGGGAUGGCCCUGCACAGCUCUCAGAAGCCUGCAGACCCUAUCAAGAGACAGCCACGGUCCCAGUGCCUGUCCACACUGGUCCGGCCUGUCUUUGGAGAGCUGAAGGAGAAACACAGGCAGAGCGGUGGCAGUGUGGGUGCACUGGAGGAGCUGGAGAAUGCUUUCAGCCUGGCUGAGGAGUCUUGCCCCGGCAUCUCAGACCAGCUCAUGGUGCGCCUGGUGGAGCGUGUGCAGAGGUUCUCACACAGCAGGAACCAUCUGACAUCCAGCCGCUGAGCGUGCUGCUCUUUGUGGACAGGACAGAAUCCUACUGCUGUGCUGACUGUUGAAAGAACCGUGACUUGGAAGUCCCCCACCCCAUGCUGUGUUGUGACUGUGAGGACUUGUCAGCCUGGGGCCUCAUGGGCUGGGUCACCUUCCUGCCUGGCACAGUAUCCAGUGUCCCUCUCCCUACCUGGCCAGAGCUGUGCCCAGCAGCAGAGCCUGUGAACCAGUGUCCACUGGCAGCCACAGGGCUGUCUCAGGCUUCCCCCAGAAGCUGUGAGUAGCAGAGGGACUGUUGGCCAGCUCUGACCCCUUCCCUUUGGCGGGUUGGCGCAACAGGGCAGCCUGUGGGGAACCCCAGUCCACCUUCCUCUCCCUCCCACCCUGAUGCUGUCUGCAGGGGCCCAAGAUGAUCCUAGAUCUGCCUUGUGGUGUUGGAUCAGGUACUGUGUUUUCUCAUAAGUACUCGUGUCACCCCAAAUGUGUUUUUAAGAAAAUUGAGCUGUUUCUUUUGGUGUUGUGAGGGUAAGGUAUUUGCAUCCUAGAGCACUGAAGACCCCAAUGCUUAUAAGGGGCCCACUAGGUGGGGUUCCUGCAGCACAGACACCCCUUGGCUUACUUUGAUCCCCAGCCACUGAGGUGUC